GUGGUUAUUUAACCGUAGGUGGCAUGUGCAAAACACGUGCGAAGCUCAUCCAUCCAUCCCUGUCUGUGAAGUGGGAAGCAGAACAAGUCCGCACCAGUUGGAAAUUCCAAAGCGAACUCUGAAAUAAAGCAAACAGUGUAUUCGUACACUACACAACCAUCGUAUAUACCCUAAUACCGUAGCGGAAAAAAUUACUGUUUGAUCAUGUAUUUGUUGACAGCAAAACCCUCUUUCAGACCUCAAUUAAUAUUAUCAUCUUCUUUUUCAACUUCUACUUUGUCAUCUUCAAUUUCUCGAGUUUCAUUCCGAACUUGUUCAUUCUCGUCAAUUGCGUUUCCCAGAAAUUUAAACUAUAAAGGAAGACUUAGUUUCAAAGUUGAAGCAUCCACAAAUGACACUCCCAACUCUGCUUCUGACUCUAAACCCCCUAACGGCACUCUGUCAAAGAGCAGGCGAGAAAUCUUACAGGACUAUGUCAAGAAUGUGCAGCCGGAAAUUAUGGAAUUGUUUGUGAAAAGAGCACCUCAACAGGUUGUGGAUGCAAUGCGACAAACAGUGACAAAUAUGAUUGGAACGCUGCCCCCUCAAUUUUUUUCUAUAACAAUUGCCACGGUUGCUGAAAACCUCGCACAGCUUAUGUAUAGUGUCAUGAUGACUGGAUACAUGUUUAGGAAUGCACAAUACCGUUUGGAACUACAAGAAAGUUUGGAACAAGUUGCCCUUCCAGAUGUGCAAGAUAAAAAGGAUGUACCAGACUAUGCACCCGGGACACAAAAGAAUGUUUCGGGUGAAGUCAUUCGGUGGAACAACAUUUCCGGACCUGAGAAAAUAGAUGCCAAAAAGUACAUUGAAAUACUCGAAGCAGAGAUUGAGGAGCUGAACCGUCAAGUUGGAAGACAAUCUAGCAAUGCACAAAAUGAACUGCUGGAAUACCUAAAAUCUCUCGAGCCUCGAAAUUUGAAGGAUUUAACUAGUAGUGCUGGGGAAGACGUUGUGCUUGCAAUGAAUACAUUCAUAAAGCGUCUACUGGCUGUUGCAGAUCCCAGUCAAAUGAAGACAAGUGUGACUGAGACUAGUGCAUCUGAACUUGCCAAACUGCUAUAUUGGUUGAUGGUGGUUGGGUACAGCAUUCGCAACAUUGAGGUUCGUUAUGACAUGGAAAGAGUACUCGGAAUGCCUCCAAAGCUGGCUGAGUUGCCGCCCGGUGAAAAUGUUUAAGCAGCGUUGAUAACGUCGGCAAUCGAAAUACUAUUGUCCCGAAGUUGGAGCCAAGUGCCCUAAUUAGAUUUUGCACUUUUUUAUUGAUUGGCUAAAGGAUUUGUAGUGACAUAAAGAAAAAGGCUGCAUUUUUAGAGUCCCCAAACUAUUGGUCUCCUAAUAGUUAAAGUGGACCAUCCUUUUUUUUUCCUCUGGGUAGAAUGGAACUUUUAUUCCAAGUUAUACUGACAAGAUAUCAGAAAUUGAUUCCUGAAGAUGUAUUAUCCUUUGAUUUAUUUGUAACUUAUUUGACAGCCUAAAACUAUGGUGAAUUAUUUAAAUACAGAAAAGAUUGUUGGUUCGUUUUA